AUGGAUUUACAACGAUUAAGAGAUAUAGCUGGACCUCGAUGGGCAGCAGUGGUUACAUUUCUUAAAAGUUUCGUAACUCGACAACAAAUGGAAGAAACUACUGCGUCAAACCUGAGACAACCGAUUUCACCACCAGUGGAAGAAAUGACUGGAACAAAUACGCCCGAAGCUCGAGCCGAAAGUCUGGGCAGAUGGAAGAAAGUGGUGACUCUAGUGGUUAUUUUGGCUUCUGCAUUCUUUCUAUUUUUCCUCACCUUUGGCCCUAAUGUUUUGAAAAAAGAGAUUCCGAAUUCUGUCUGGAUCGUAGCUGCUUUCAUUUAUGGGGUAUAUACACUGCUGUGGAUGUGGGUCACAUUCGAGGCCUUUAAACGUGAGGGGCGAGUAGGAAGGUCUUGGCUCAACUUUUCUUAUGCUGCUUUCUGCUUUACGACAUAUGUUUCGGCUGUCUUCAAAUACUGCGAAGAGAACCAAACUUUUUUUAGCAUGGUCCCUUUGUUGGUAGUAGCUUUUUUGAGCUUCUUGCCAUUAGAAUUCUGA